GUAUCGACUAGCUGAUACCUCCACCUAGUGGAUAAAGAGUGUAACUGAAACAAACUGUGUAUCGACUAGCUGAUACCUCCACCUAGUGGAUAAAGAGUGUAACUGAAACAAACUGUGUAUCGACUAGCUGAUACCUCCACCUAGUGGAUAAAGAGUGUAACUGAAACAAACUGUGUAUCGACUAGCUGAUACCUCCACCUAGUGGAUAAAGAGUGUAACUGAAACAAACUGUGUAUCGACUAGCUGAUACCUCCACCUAGUGGAUAAAGAGUGUAACUGAAACAAACUGUGUAUCGACUAGCUGAUACCUCCACCUAGUGGAUAAAGAGUGUAACUGAAACAAACUGUGUAUCGACUAGCUGAUACCUCCACCUAGUGGAUAAAGAGUGUAACUGAAACAAACUGUGUAUCGACUAGCUGAUACCUCCACCUAGUGGAUAAAGAGUGUAACUGAAACAAACGGUGUAUCGACUAGCUGAUACCUCCACCUAGUGGAUAAAGAGUGUAACUGAAACAAACUGUGUAUCGACUAGCUGAUACCUCCACCUAGUGGAUAAAGAGUGUAACUGAAACAAACUGUGUUAUUCCAGUGAAAUGGGCUCGGUGGCUGCUGAAGAGGUGAAGGAGAUUAAAGUGGCCGAGAAAGAUGUGGAUCCCAAUUUCAAGCAAAUGUUCAAGCAGAUCGCCGGCAGUGACGGCGAAGUGACUGUCUUCGAACUUGUUGAAAUUCUGAACAAAGUUUUCGCUAAAAGGGCCGACAUCAAGACGGAAGGUUUUAGUCUUGAAACUGGACGACACAUUGUCAGUCUUCUAGAUAAAGAUGGAAAUGCCAAGUUGGGACUGGUUGAAUUCCACAUGCUUUGGAUGAAGAUCCAGAAAUACUUGGUAUGAGUGUUGAAGGUGUUGUUGUUGAUGUACAGGUCUCACUGGAUCAUGUAUGAUUGAGUUUACUAAAUCAUACUGUGAUGAGUCUACUGUUUACCCCUGGGUGAAUCCUAACUUCCAGGGACAUCUAUUAAACUUCCAGUGACAUCUAUUAAACUACCAGUGACAUCUAUUAAACUUCCAGUGACAUCUAUUAAACUACCAGUGACAUCUAUUAAACUACCAGUGACAUCUAUUAAACUACCAGUGACAUCUAUUAAACUUCCAGGGACAUCUAUUAAACUUCCAGUGACAUCUA